UAAUCCUAUGUACACCUCUCUAGUCUUUCGCUUCUUAGUGCUCCUUCAAGACAACACCUCUAUUGAACUUUUAGAGAGACAAAGCAGCCUUACACAAUUUUCUGACACAAAUGUUAAAACCUAAAAUUUUCAGGUCUUUCACAUUCCUCCUAUCACACCAUCGUCAUCUCCAAAUUAUCCCCACAUCAGCAGCCACCAGCGCAGCCCAAUUUACUCCUCAACUCCAAUCUCCAAACCCCAUCAAACCAGUAAACGAAACCCACCUCUUAAGAGUCUGUACAAUUCUCUACCAACAACAGUACUCAUCUAACCAAAAAAUCCACAAUAACCUCUGUAAAACACCAUUUGACCUCACCCAUGAGUUCUUCCUUCAAGUAUGCAACAAAUUCCCAUAUUCUUGGAGACCCCUUUACAAAUUCUAUGAAUUUACCAAGUCACAGCCCCACUUCAAUCACACAUCUACCACCCUCAACAAAAUGCUAGAUGUAAUUGGAAAAUCAAGAAACAUUGAUCUUUUCUGGGAAGUACUUCAAGAAAUUGGAAGAUGUCAAUUGGUCACCCCUAAAACUUAUAUAGUUGGGUUAAAAACUCUGGCUGAAGCUAGGGAGUUGAAGAAAUGUGUUGAAAUUUUUCAUUUAAUGAAUGGUUUUGGAUAUGGGUAUAGUGUGGAAAUAUUGAAUAAGGUUGUUGAGGCUCUUUGUAGAAAUAAGCUUGUUGAGGAGGCUAAGCAUGUGGUGUUGAAGUUGAAAGAUUGGAUAAAGCCAACUGGGGUUACUUAUAGAUGGUUAAUAUAUGGAUUUUGUGAUGUUGGUGAUGUGAUUGAAGCCUCAAAGAUUUGGAAUUUGAUGGUUGAUGAAGGUUUUGAACCUGAUAUUGAAUGUGUUGAGACUAUGAUUGAGACACUUUUCAAGAAUAAUAGAUAUGAUGAAGCAUUGAAAGUUUUUCAAUCGAUGAGAGUAAAUAGGAUGUGUGAUUUGGGGAUUUCUACUUAUAGGUUGGUGAUCAAUUGGUUGUGCAAGAAGGGUAAGCUUGGAGAGAGUUAUGUAGUGUUUGAAGAAAUGCAAAAGAGAGGGAUUAAAGCCGAUAAUCUUACGUUAGCAUCGAUAACCUAUGGGCUUAUGAGUAGAGGAAGGAUUAGGGAAGCGUAUAGUGUUGUGCAAGGGAUGGAGAAGCCUGACAUAAGUGUUUAUCAUGGGAUGAUCAAGGGACUAUUGAAGUUGAAAAGAGCAAGUGAAGCAACUGAAGUAUUUAGGGAGAUGAUAAAAAGAGGAUGUGAGCCGAUAAUGCAUACGUAUGUUAUGUUGUUACAGGGGCAUUUGGGUAAGAGAGGGAGGAAAGGAUCUGACCCUCUGGUGAAUUUCGACACCAUUUUCGUAGGAGGUUUGGUUAAGGCGGGAAGGACGUUGGACGCGACCAAGUAUGCAGAGAGAUUACUGUACAAAAAAGUUGAGGUGCCUAGGUUUGAUUAUAACAAGUUUUUGCAUUAUUAUUCCAGUGAGGAAGGUGUGGUUAUGUUUGAGGUGAUGAGCAAAAAACUUAGAGAGGUUGGGCACUUUGAUCUAGCUGAUAUAUUUGCAAGGUAUGGGGAGCAAAUGGCAACUAGGGAUAGGAGGAGAAACAGAACAACAGAGUCAUGACUGCUAUAGUUUUAGACUUUAUCUUUAGCCAAAAUGCGGUGAAAGCUCCAAGUAAACGCCAGCUAGUGUUGAAUUGCCAUUCCGGUGGUUGCAGCAUAUUCUUUGCAGGGGCAGCUAAAGCUCCCUUUCACUACUUAUCUGCUUUGAUCAAACAAACAAAAACAGUCAAGUGGCGCGUUGUUAUUGUAAUUCUAUAGUAGGGAGAUUGGAAUGGGCCCAAGUAAACGCCAGCUAGAGUUGUAUAGCAUGCUCCCUUUCUUUUAGUACUUGCGCUUAUCCGCGAGAUGUGUAUAGCUCAACUGGAAAAGGAAAGGAGAGAUUAAACCGUAAGAUAUUCUCAACUGGCUUGAGGAGUAACAGUUUGGGAAUAGAUGCUUCUACCAGCAACCCAAUAACUUGGAAGUCAAUGAAUGGUGAAAGAUGAUAAAAGAGAUUCUGAAUUGUCAAGCAACUGCCGAUGUCAUAUAGAUAUAGCAAUGAAGAUGCAGUGAAAUGUUAGUCACGACCCCAGGAUUACCCAUAGAUUCUGAUCUGUAGAGCUAGAAAACAAGGUGUAUCUCGGGAAACCAUUAUUUAUACUGAUUCUUACAUUUUGUGA